UUCCUGAACGCCGCGUGCGCUUAUGGUGUCUCCUGGAGCCGGAGCUGCUGCGUGAGGGGCGUCCGGAGCUCUAACUGAAAAUGGCCAAAAACAAAGUAAGAGGACAGAAGACCAGGAAUGUGUUCCACAUAGCCACCCAGAAACACUUGAAAGCUAAAAACAAAGCAAAACCAGUUACCACUAACCUCAAGAAGAUAAAUAUUGUGAAUGAGGAAAAGAUCAACAGGAUGAACAAAGCUUUCGUAGACAUACAAAAGGAGCUUGCACACUUUUCAAAAGGCCUUUCCCUGGAGCCUCUGCCGAAACCACUGAUUCCUCAGCAGUGUCAUGAAAACGAACCAGUUAAUGUCGAUGAAGCUACCAAGUUAAUGGCUCAGCUGUAAUAAAUGCUGGUGAUGCGGCAGACUCCCACCCCCACCCCCCGAUCAAUAAAUUAAAUGUUUCAUACAA